ACAAAUUCCAAAAAUGUCAAAAAUAUCGGCCAAGAUGGUUGAAGAUUCUAUUACAGCACCAAACACUAUCACCAACAAGUUCACGAGCACCUUAUUUUCUUUCCUCCAGCUGGGCACCUUCGUUGUUAAAAGCCUUUAUCUUUUUCUCAGGAUUCACAGGUCCCCAGUCAGUCCUGAAACAAGAGGUAUAUAAUGAAAACCAGACCUAAAAAGAAUUACUAACUCAAGCUUACGUUAUUUUGCGACAAC